CAGUGCAGCCACGUAGACAGGAGGGCAUUCGCUGCGGGCGGGCUCUUGGAAGCCUGAAAGAAGUGGGAAGCAGCGAACAAAAUGAAAGUUGGGCGGGGAUUGGGUCCAGAAAGCAGGGAUCCGCUGCGCCUUUAGGUGGCUGCUGUUAGAAGGAGAAGGUCCGAAACAGAAGAAGACAUGUCCUCUCCUCCUAAAGAGAAAUCGGACACCAAAGCUGGUCACCUGCCUGCCGUAAAGGCUGGAGGUAUGAGAAUUGUACAAAAGCACCCACAUACUCCUCAUGGAGAUAGUAAGGAGGAUAAAAAUCAAGAGGAGGAGAACUGGGAAAGCGGAACUGUACAACCUAAACCACCUCUGGUGAUAUCUGGUGCCAUUACACGGGGUGACAAGGAUUUUCCCCCAGCAGCAGCCCAAGUCGCUCAUCAGAAACCACAUCCAUCUGUUGAGAAACUGCCUCCUGCACAACAAGUAAACCAGCAUAUUCAUCAGCCCCGCAAGUUUUAAGCCAGUUUGAUGAGGGGGGGGGGACAUCCUGAAAAUAUAUUUGAUUUCCAUAUAGUCUUUAUAAGGAUCUACCAAGAUCCAAAUUUGUGACAUGGAUUUAAAAAUACACAUGAAUACCCCCUCCACAAUAUGAACCAAAUAUGAUAGAAUAAUGCCUGAUUUAACCCUUUGAGGUACACUGCGUCAGAUGAAGCUUUUAUGUGAGAACUUGUUUUAUACAAAUAUAAGGUUGUUGGAUAACAAUAAAUGUUUGGGAACAAUUUAAAUAGAAUCUAUAAUUAUAAUUUGGUUUUCAUUUUUAUAUUGGGGUAAGGCUCUGCAUAGAACCCGAGGAAAAGCAAAAUCACAUUGCGAUAUAGCAGAACAUUGAUCUUAAUAUAACCCUAAUUGGGCAAACUGUGUGAUUACUGAUAAAUUGAAACCCUGUAAGAAUUCAUUACAUGUGUUCUCUGGAGAUUUUUCACCAUGGACAAAUGUUUGCUUUGCAUUAAAUUUGACAAUUGUUAUAAAGAA